UCUUUGGCCGAUACGUGGAUGCUCCACAUUCAAAUAAAGAAAGCAUAGUGCAUUCAAAAUAUGAUGUCAUUUUAUCCUUAUACCUCCAAUUUAGCUUGUCAUCUUGUCUGAUCAAAUCCCACAAAACCCUACUUGAUUUCUCUCGCAGAGACACACAGAGAAGCAAUUGAAGAAUCUUAUAGUAUCACUUUGCAAUGACACAAUGACAAGGAUAUAGGCAUAUAGCUGCUCUUAUUAAACAGUCGUGUGUUUGAUCCUAUUGUCGAUGGCUGAGGUGAUCGGCCCAAGAUUAUAUAGUUGCUGCAAUUGUAGGAAUGAAGUUGCACUGCACGACGAUGUAAUUUCUAAAGCAUUUCAAGGAAGAAAUGGUCGAGCAUUUUUGUUCUCUCAUGCGAUGAACAUUGUUGUUGGGCGCAAAGAGGAUAGACAGCUUAUGACUGGUCUCCAUACAGUUGCUGAUGUCUAUUGCUCUGACUGUCGCGAAGUGCUUGGGUGGAAAUACGAACGAGCUUAUGAGGAGACACAGAAGUACAAGGAGGGCAAAUUCAUACUUGAGAAGUCAAAGAUUGUCAAGGAAAACUGGUAGUCGUGGAUGAUAAUACAUGCUCAUUUUGUUAAAUCAAUGUUGAGUAAUUCAAAAGGUCAACUCAUUGUUCCCAAUAGUCUUAUCUUAGCUUUUAUUUCUUGUGUUUGUUGUGCGAUUGGAUGAAAUAUCUGAGAUGCUGUAAAAAUCCUGUUAAUAAUCUAUCUUGAAAAUUAACCGUGUAAAAUAUCAUAUUUA